AUGUCCUACCUAUUCCGCCAUUCGAGCGUUGGCACAGCCCUUCACUACAUUCGCCAUCGCAGCUUUGACUUCUCCCGCACGAAAGCCAAAGCGAUAUCACCCCUCUCCUCCACCGAUGACAUCCCUGCCACCGUUCCCGCAGACAGCACUAUUGGUGCCGAGCUCAAACUGGAGCAAAGUGCGACUCUCGUUAGCUGGCAAGGCCCAGACGACCCAAGUAAUCCCCAGAACUGGCCGAUGAUUGACAAGGUCCUCAUGACCACUCUCAUCGCCCUGUACACAUUUGCUGUAUACGUUGGCUCGUCCAUCUAUACGCCUUCGCAGACAACAGUACAGGAGCUGUUCCACGUCUCGCAUGUGGAAGGCUCGUUGGGCCUCGCACUGUACGUGUUGGGUUACGGUUUAGGAUGCCUACUCUUCUCGCCCAUCUCUGAGAUUCCAGCGAUUGGACGAAACCCGCCGUACGCAAUAUCCGGCUUUCUCUUCGUCAUCUUGUGCAUUCCCACCGCGCUCGUCAACAACUAUGCCGGCUUGAUGGUAUUGCGGUUCCUGCUCGGUUUCAUGGCAUCGCCUUGUCUGGCUACAGCGGGAGCGUCGCUUGCUGAUAUCUGGACCAUGGCUCAGUUUCCUUUUGCUGUGGCUUUGUGGGCAGCAACAGCGGCGAUGGGACCUGCCCUCGGCCCAACGCUGUCCACCUACGCCGUCCGCGCACUUGGCUGGAGGUUCUCGGCGUGGGAGCUUAUGAUCAUUGCGGGGCCAAUCUACAUUCUCAUGCUAUGCAUGCUGCCCGAGUCUUCAGCUCCCACGAUCUUGUACUACAAGGCCAAGCGCCUUCGCGAGGAGACUGGCAACUGGAACCUCAUGUCUGACGCGGAGAAGAAACAGAAGAACCUGAAAGCUUCCAGCUUGUUGUUUGAUGCGUUGAUCAAACCUUGGGAGAUCAAUGCGUUGGAUCCAGCGAUCCUCUUCACGACCAUCUACAUGGGCCUGUGUUACGGCACCUAUUACUCGUUUUUCGAGUCUCUACCCCUCGUAUACCCAGUCAUGUAUGGCUUUUCCGCAGAAAGUACCGGGCUUGUGUUCCUUGUCGUUGCACCGGCUGGCUUACUCGCGUUUACCAUGCAAUGCAUCUACCUCAAGUACCGGGUAUUCCCGCGUCUCAUGGAUGGCACUUUUGGCGAGCUUGAGAACCAUUUGUUGCCGGGCUUGUUCGCCAGUCCCGUCAUUUGCAUCGGGCUCUUCCUCUUCGCGUGGACUUCGCGUCCAUCCGUCCAUUGGAUGGCUCCAACGGUGGGGUUGGGUCUCAGCAUCUUCGGUACCUACUUUGUUGCACAAUCCGUGUUCCUCUACAUCCCCAACAUCUACCCUCGCUAUGCUGCCAGCAUCUUCUCGGCGAACAGUCUGUCCAGGAGCUUGCUUGCAUUUGCAGCCAUCCUGUUCUCGAAGCCCAUGUUCCAAAGCCUCGGUGUUGGCGGAGGCGUGAGCUUGCUCGGUGGGUUCAUGGUCUUGUGUGCAAUCGGUAUGUUGGUGUUGUUCAAGUUUGGAAAGGGAUUGAGGGAAAGAAGUCGGUUUGCUGCGGCUUGA